UUGGAGAGAAAAAAACGUUAGUUAAAUGCAAACCAAAACAAGAAGCAAAUAAACCUAUAUUUUCCGGAAAAGGCCAAGAGACACUACUCAUAACACUAGAAUGCAUUGGAUUCCCAACAAUAAUAAAUAGGCUGGAAAAGCCUACCUCAACAACAUCGCAAAGGACAAAAAUGAGACUUGACACAGCAAACUGGCAACAAUCACAUCUACGAAAUCUACACCAACAACGUCUCCAAGCUACGACGACACCAAUGACAUCUCCAAGCUACGACAACACCAACGACAUCUCCAAGCUACAACGACAUCAACGAUGUCUCCAAGCUAUGAUAACACCAACGACGUUUCCAAGCUAUGAUGAGACCAACAAUGUCUCUAAACAAUAG